UAACAGGUAUGUAGCUCUGUCCUUUUGAUGCAAAAUUUACCUAUAAAUACAGCCAUAGUCCUCCUCUAUCACCUCAUCUUGAGCAUAGUUUUGAAUAUUUCUUGGGUGAGAAAGAAGAGUGAAGGAAGUUAUCAGAAAGCAAAAGCCAUGGCUACUCCUUCUCCAAGAUUCAUGUUAGUGAACCCAUUUAAGGGAAGAAAAAGAGACAUAUUCAUGUGCUUGGUUGCCAAUAACACAAGCAGUGGAGAGAAAUUCUUGGAAAGCUCAGAAGAGGGAAUUAGUGGCGGUGCAGCAGAUGAUCUCAGGUGGAUUUUAUUGGUUUCUGUUAUAAUUCGCAGAAUCCUUGCCAUUAUUAAUACUCCAUUGAAGUUCCUUGGCUGCCUGGUUGAUUUCUUCCUCAACCUCCUUUCUCAAAAUGGUGGCUUCUCAGGCAUAAUUAGUAACUCUCUCCAAGGAAAGCUGAUGAUACCAAGGAGGGGAACAGAAAACUUUGUAAGCAGUAUUGGGCAAUUGGAUGGCCGAAUAGACCUAUACAAGACUGUAAGCUUGGCAGAAAAAGUAGAUGAUUAUGUUUCUGCAGAUGCAAACAUAAGAUCAGAUUUGGGGAAUAUAUAUCUCAUGGACCUUUGUAUCAUGGCAUCAAAGCUUGUUUAUGAGAAUGAGAAAGUUGUCCAAAAUGUUGUCGAACGUUACUGGAAGAUGCAUUUCGUGGACUUCUACAACUGCUGGAAUGAAAACCAAAAGGAAAACAACACCCAAAUAUUCAUUUGUUGCGACAAGCCCAAAGAUGCAAACUUGAUAGUGAUCAGCUUUAGGGGCACUGAGCCUUUUAAUGCUCAAGAUUGGAGCACUGAUUUCGAUUUCUCCUGGUAUGAGGUCCCAAAAGUGGGAAAAAUUCAUAUCGGGUUCUUAGAAGCUAUGGGCUUGGGCACCAGAAGAGAUGCUACUAGCUUCUUUAAUCACCUUCGGAGGAAGCAGACAGAUUUCUUCGAUUUAAAUCAAGAAUCUGAAACAAAGAUGAUGGAAUGGGGAAAGAAAAGUGCGUAUUAUGCUGUGGCGAUGAAGCUCAAGAGCUUGUUAAGUGAGCACAAGAAUGCAAAAUUUGUAGUCACUGGACAUAGCUUAGGAGGAGCACUCGCCAUACUUUUCCCUUGUGUGCUGGUGAUUCAGGAGGAGACGGAGAUUAUAAGCAGGUUGCUGAAUAUAUACACAUUUGGGCAGCCAAGGAUAGGGGACGAAAAGCUAGGGAUGUUCAUGGAAGCUCAUUUGAACUACCCUGGUACUAGAUACUACAGGGUGGUUUACUGCAACGACAUGGUUCCUCGUGUGCCUUUCGAUGACAAGGUCUUCGCCUUCAAGCACUUCGGAGUCUGCCUUUACUAUGACAGCAACUACUUUGGCCAAUUUAUGGACGAGGAGCCAAACAAAAAUUUCUUUGAUUUGAUGAACUUCAUUCCUAUGCGCCUGAAUGCCCUGUGGGAGAUCUUCAGAAGUUUUGUGAUAAGCCACGCAUUUGGACCAGAGUAUCGUGAGAGUUGGUUCUGCACAUUUUUUCGGGUAAUGGGCCUGGUGCUUCCUGGUAUUGCUGCUCACAGUCCCAUAGAUUAUGUUAACUCUGUCAGGCUUGGAAGGGAGCGCCGAACUCCAUUUUCCUCUUUGAAAAGCUUUGCUCGCAAAUCAUAAGAUGGUGAAGACAGAUCAUUCUAAGAGGAGAAGUAUUCAUCGGCAAUUAGAUGUUUUUAUUUCUGGCUACAGUGGGUGGCUUUUGUUAAGCAGGAUUUUAAUCUCCAUAAGCCUUGAUGGCUUUGAAUAAUGGCUUGUUUUGCUAUUUGAAUAAAACUGAGGUCUAGUUUAGUGGUA